UAAUUUGCUUGAUCUUCUUCCCUCGCAAGCAUCUUUGUUGUUGGUAUCAUGUGAAGAAAGGUUUAACAUUGUGGAAUACGUAGGUAGCGGUAUAGGUAUAGGUAUACGUAUGAGGCGAUGUACGUAGGAAUAUAUAUAUAGGGUUUGAGGAUGACGAAGAUUGAUUACGUGUUCAAGGUGGUUUUGAUCGGUGACUCCUCUGUUGGCAAAACGCAACUUCUUGCGCGUUUCGCCAGGAAUGAAUUCAGUGCCGAUUCUAAAGCAACAAUUGGUGUUGAAUUUCAGACCAAAACUCUCAUCAUUGAUACCAAGACCAUCAAGGCUCAGAUAUGGGAUACCGCUGGCCAAGAAAGGUACCGAGCAGUUACUAGUGCAUACUAUCGAGGUGCUCUUGGAGCAAUGAUAGUUUAUGACAUGGCUAAGAGACAAUCGUUCGAACACAUGGCUAAUGUUCCAACUGAAGAUGCAGAGGAUUUUGCACACAGGGAGAACCUCUUCUUCAUGGAGACAUCAGCUCUUGAUUCCACUAAUGUUGAAACUUGCUUUAUCACCAUUCUAACUGAGAUAUACAAAAUUAAUGCCAAGAAACCACUUUCUGGUGCUGAUGAUCUCAAUGGUACUAGUCUCAGGGGAACCACCAUAAUUAUUAAUAACCAUGAUGAUGAUGCUGGAAAAGGUUGCUGUUUGUCCUAGCUUUUAUUUUCUUUCUUUCUCCCUUUAUGGGUGUUUAUACAGAGAUUGAGAUUGGUGACUAUCUCAUAAAUCAUAAUCAAGCAUUAACCAAAUUCAAACUGUGUAUUUAUUAGUCAUCCAUCACCUUCCUUGCUUUUCUCAAUUUAUAGGUUUAAAUUUGUUAACACAAAACUUCCCACUUUUCCAUCACAUUGGUUAGACUGUGGUUGCAACAAGUUAGUA